AUGUCCGUUUCAGCAUCUUCGAUUCCCGACACCUCGCUGGGCCUCACCUCAUCCGAAAUUCAGAUCCUCCGCCAACAGCAACAGAUUGCAUUACAAGGCGGUCAUGCUGGAAAUGGAGGCUCGAGGGGCCGUGGUACGGGCCGGACCAGCAAUUCCAGCUCUCGCGCAACCAGUGCUGCCAGCAGUCAGGGCCGGUUGCUCUUGGACCCGAUGAGUCUGCGUGCGCUAUCCCAUCAGUUAGACGAUCUGCAGGCGCAGAUUCGUGGUCGCAUUGAAUAUUUGGAGGAUCAAAUGCAACGCUCUAUUCGGAAUAGCUAUGAUCGCGCAGGGAACGUGAUUCGCAAUGCAGAUGCAGAGAUCGCUCGCACCCGAUCGAUCCUCGCCAGUAUCGAUGAGCUGGACAACGAAUUGGCCAAAAUCGCCCACAUUCGUGACAUCGUCAAGUCAUUCCGAGCUCGGAUCGAGACUCUGGAUCAUCGUAUGGAGCAGAGCUCCCGAAGGCGGCGAUAA